CGGGCACAAGGCACGCGUCGUGCGAACAUAACCUUCAAAAAACAAAAGUUCUUGUCACAUUCGCUGGUUUGUCGCGAUCCGCGACGUUGUAAUAAUAAUAAGUUAGCGUUAAAGAAAAAACUAAAGAAUAUUCUCGUGAAAAUUGUUGAAAAAAAGGAAUAAUUCACGAUGUUACGAAGACAAGCGCGGCUGCGACGAGAAUAUCUCUAUAGAAAAUCGAUCCAAGACAAAUUGAAGACUAUUCAAGACAAAAAGGAACGUUUGAAACGUAGUUUAGAAGAAAAUACACCGAUUCAUCCAGAUUUGCGGAAGACAGCACUGCAUUUGCAGAAAAAAAUUGAAUGGGAAGAUGCAGGACCACAAAUGGCAGUGGCAAUGGGAACAGAAAUGGGUGGAACAACAGGUUCGAACGAGGACGACGAAUACCGCUGGGCAGGAGUGGAAGAUCCAAAAAUCGUCAUAACCACUUCGAGAGAUCCCUCCUCGAGGCUAAAGAUGUUCGUAAAAGAAUUACGUCUUGUUUUUCCAAAUUCGCAACGUAUGAAUCGUGGUAAUUACGAAAUGAAACAAUUGAUUCAUGCAUGUCGUGCCAAUGAUGUUACCGAUUUCAUAAUUGUUCAUGAGCAUCGAGGCAUACCGGAUUCCCUUAUUAUUUGUCAUUUGCCAUAUGGACCAACCGCUUAUUUCACAAUGACGGAUGUUGUCAUGAGGCACGAUAUCCCUGACAUCGGUACAAUGUCGGAACAAUAUCCACAUCUUGUUUUCCACAAUUUCAAAACCACAUUGGGCAACAGAGUUAUGAGCAUUCUCAAAUAUCUUUUCCCCGUCCCCAAAGAAGACAGCAAAAGGGUCAUCACCUUUGCCAACCAUGACGAUUACGUCUCCUUCAGACAUCAUACUUAUAAAAAAGUCAAUGGACGCGAUAUCGAGAUGACGGAAGUAGGCCCUAGAUUUCAAUUGAAAUUAUACGAAAUUAAAUUGGGAACUCUUGAUACUGCUGCUGCUGCCGAUACAGAAUGGGCUCUUCGACCUUACAUGAAUACUACACAUAAAAGAAGAUUUCUCUCCGAUGAAGAUGGAUGGCAACAAGAAGAUGAUGUAUAAACUAAUUUAUAUAGAAACACAAAUUCUUUGAACCUGUGAUUUGUAAGGAAAUACACAUUUUUUUUGUUGUUUUUUGAUAA